AUGUUUGCAAGAGAUUCAGAAUUUUGUGGUCGUUGCGGCACAUUUUUAAUUUACCCAUCUUCGGCUCCCUGCAAAGUAGAAUGUCAGCAAUGUUCAACAUCAUGGAAAUUUGAUGCAAUUAAUGGUUUAAAGGUAACGACAGCUAAAACAGUAUACACGAAAUCUAUUGCUGAUUCAGAAAGUGACGGAAAAGAUAAUGGAGAUGCAAUUGUUGAGCAUAUAUGUCCAAAAUGUGAAUUUAAUGAAGCAUCUUAUACAACAUUACAAACUAGAAGUGCUGAUGAAGGUGCUACUAUAUUUUAUACGUGUAUAAAAUGUAAAUAUAAAUGUAUUGAAUAUUCAUAA